CUGGGUGAGCAGCAAUGUAUACAGCGUCAGUGCCUCUGCAAAGGCGGGCGUGGAACUACAAGACCCAGCAGUCAUGAAUGGGCAGGUUGACAGUAAACUGAUAAAAUGAGGAAUGGAGCGCGGCCUGCUGCACACCGCCAAUGCCGAGCUGGAGAAGCGCCACCUGGAGGCGGCGGAGGAGCUUUACGGGAAGAUCAUAGAGCGAUGCGAGCGGAACAGCAAAUGCAGCACAGAAGAGCUCUCCAUAGCCUACAAUAACCGGGGUCAGAUUAAGUAUUUCCGCGUUGACUUCUACGAGGCGAUGGAUGACUACACAGAGGCAAUACGAUUAAAGCCGAAAUUUGAGGUUCCGUAUUACAAUAGAGGCUUGAUCCUGUAUCGACUUGGGUUCUUUGAUGAUGCAAUUAAGGAUUUCCAGAGAGUGCUGGAGCUGAACCCCAAGUUUGAAGAUGCCAAGAUCAGCUUAAAGCAGAGUGUUGUGGACAAAGAAGAAACGAGUCGGAGGAUUUCUGAAUUUGGAGUGGAUUGAGGAUAAGUGACUCGGACUCAGACGCUGCUUCAUACUAUUACCUCACUAGAUGGGAACGUUCGCUGUUAUCAGCCAUUCAUGCCAACGGAGGAUAUAGUACUGGUCGAUUACUUGAAACAUGACUUCCCAUUGUAUCAGAUUUAUCUAUUGGUAUCGAGCAGGCUUUGUGCGUGCGUCUUGUCUGCUUAUAAAUACUUAUGCAGUAUAUUGACCAAAUAAUGGCAGUGUGACUAAGGUCAUAGCCUAAGCAACACCUGCAGACUUGUGCCUGUCCCU